AUGUCUGGGAAUGUUAAAUCCGGGGCUGAAGCGACCACAGAGCCCGAUGGCAGCGAUGAGCUCAACGACGGGCUUAAAGUCCCUGCACAGUUCGCAGAUGAGAGUUUCAAGCUCUUUUCCAAAAUCCAGGUCUCAGACCCAACGCCGGAACAGGCGACAGCGAUACGGAACAAAUGUCUGUGGCGGAUUAUCCCGUUUCUCUGCGUUGGAUACCAUCUGAUGUAUGUGGAUAAGCAAACUGUACGUAGCUCUCGCCUUGGACAACGAUCCGAUAAUAACAAUAAGCAGCUAGGAAGCUCUGCAAUUCUGGGGAUUAUGGACGAUGCACAUUUAAAUUCGAAUCAGUACAACUGGCUGUCUUCCAUCUUCUACUUUGGAUAUCUCCUGGCGGAAUGGCCGCAGAACUGGGCGUUGCAGCGGUUCCCAGUUGGAAAAUGGCUUGCUGGGAAUUUAAUCAUAUGGGGAUUUAUUAUUCUCCUCCACGCGCCGUGCAACAGCUUUGCCUCCCUCUUCGUGGUCCGGUUCUUCCUAGGGCUGGCGGAGGCCUGCAUCGUCCCUGCAUUUCUCCUGAUCAUGUCCAUGUUCUUCACAUACGGCGAACAGUCAGUCAUCAUGCCGAUUAUGUGGUCGAUUGGAAAUGCAAGCCCGAUCACCUCGGGACUGUUAUCAUACGGCGUCCUGUGGAUCGAUACAGGCAAUUUCGCGCCGUGGAAGUGGUUUAUGGUAAUUACCAGUCUUCUUACGGUGAUAUUUGGCGUGAUCGUCUGGAUCUUUUUCCCAGAUAGCCCCGUCAAUGCCAAAUUCCUAACCCACGAAGAGCGCGCCCAGGCGAUUCUGCGGAUCAAGGAGAACCAUUCAGGUAUCGAGCAGAAGACGUUCAAGAGAUAUCAGUUCAUUGAAGCACUGCAAGACCCCAAAACAUGGCUCUUUUUCCUGCACGCAUGGUCCCAGGAAAUGGCCAACGGGUUGACGAACCAGUACUCUCUCAUCAUUAACUCUUUCGGAUUUACUGUGCUGCAGACGACGCUGCUAGGAAUGGUCUCUGGAGUCGUUUCGUUCUUUUCGCUAGGAAUUGCGGCUAUCGUUCUAUAUCGUACCAAGAACUGCCGCGCGUGGAUUUCGCUGGUUGCAUACAUUCCAGCUAUACUCUCUAGUAUUCUCCUACUAGCACUCCCCUGGUCCAACCGCUGGGGACUCAUAUCAGCGACAUGGAUCCGCUCAACAGCUGGUAUUCCAUACGCCGUGGUUAUGGUCUGGGCUGCGAAUGCAUCGGCCGGACAUACGAAAAAGACAACAGUGAUUGCCUUAUAUCAUGUCGGGUACGGCCUGGGAAAUAUCAUCUCACCACAGCUGUUCAGGCCGGAAUGGAAGCCCCGGUAUAAACCAACAUGGAUCAUAAUCCUAGUGAUCGCCGCAAUCCUGCCCUCAAUAAUAAUCAUAACACUGCGAAUCCACCUAAGCCGCGAGAACAAACGGCGAGACGCACUCCAGGCCGCCGAUCAAGUGGUUACGAACGGUCUUGUCGAGACGACCGAUUCCGACGGCACGCACGUCGCGCAGGUUGUGGAUAAUAGCCAGAUGGAUUUGACUGAUAAGGAGAAUUUGACAUUUCGAUAUGUACUUUGA